CACUCCACUUUGGAGCUUACAAACUCCACAGCAGCUGUUCAUCUCUCUCCUUUCUCUCUCUCUCUCUCUGCAACCCACGGGACUGGGACGCUCGGGCAUGGAAACGCUCGCGAGCUCCGAAGCUUGAGCUGGCGAUUCGAAAUUCAGAAGCUCGUAAGCUACCACUUUCCUUCUCCUUCUUCUUCUUCUUCUUCGGAAACCUUCGUUCUUCAUUCCCUUUUGGCUCUCUCUUCGCGUUGCCCUGCUCUCGCCGAUUGCGCCGCGGGUCUUCUGUUGGUUUCUGACGAGACGAGCUGGGCGUUCCAUUCCGAUUCGGUCCGAUUGAGCUCGGGGAACUUAAGGAAAUGAAUGUCGUGGCUGUUCGACUGAAAAGUUCGCAUUUUACUUUUGUUUCCCCCCCGGAGUUCCUUGUCGUUUGGAUGCCGUCGCUUGGAACCGUUUUGGCCGCGUGAAUGUCGGGUGAUGGAGAGCUAAUAUUUGUUUCUGAAUUGCUUUGAUGAGUCGUGUCCACCGAGAUUUGGCAGGAAGAACUUACGGGCCCGUAGGAUUUGACUGUUAUGUUGUUUCUCUUAGAUGAAAAUCCAGCGGCUGCUCAUGAACUUGCGCGGCGGCCUUCCCGGGCAACUUGUCACAGAGCGUUUCGCUUUGCUGCCGCUGCGUGCUGGAAUCGUGUCCCACUACUUGCGCCGGUUGAAUUUGUGCCGCCAUAGCUGCAUCUAUAUUCCAGGCCGCCGUUUAAGUUCCCGGGUCGUCAUACCUUGUAGUGGAAUUCACGAUCUCGUUGAGGAUGAAUGGGAUGGGAAGAAUUCCGGUGCGAAUCUAAAGGAUGAAUUCGAUGCCUUGUUGGUGUGCAAGAAAUAUCCAUCCAUCAUCAUUGGCAGUUCUCCGACGAUAGAGUUGUAUGAUGGGACAACUUCUUUCUCUCCUACAGCAACCGAAAGUUGCUGGGGAUUUCCCCACGAUGCCGUUGAUGCAAAUUGGGGUGUUCCUAGUAGACUCUGCAAUACAUGGUCUUCCUUGUCUGUCUCUCUCGAAGAGGAAAAGUCUCCAUCACAAUUGCCAAUGGAAGAAAGUGUUGCAAGUUUGCUACCUAAUGAGCCCAUGCCUGUGGAAAUUGGAUGGUUGGAUAGGUCAGUUGUUGAGGAGGAAUCUUCGGACAAAGUAAAAGCUGAAACAGAUUUAGUUGCUGCAACGGUUGAGAUGAUUCUUGACAGACCAAUCAGUUCCUUACCUGGAUUGACUAAGAGGCAGUGCCAUCUACUCGAAAAGAAUGACUUUCACACGAUACGAAAAAUGCUAAACCAUUUUCCAAGGACUUAUGCUGAUCUUCAGAAUGCACAUAUUGGAAUUCAGGAUGGACAAUACUUGAUCUCGGUUGGCAGGAUUUUGUCUUCCAGGGGAAUCAGAGCAGGCUGUUCAUUUUCGUUUCUAGAGGUGGUUGUGGGUUGUGAGAUCGCUGAUGAUAAAUCAACUUGGGAGCAUAUGGAUGGUGAUCUAGAUGCGAAGGAGAAAAAGACAAUCUAUCUGCAUCUGAAGAAAUUCUUUCGUGGUACUCGUUUUACUAGUCAAUCUUUUCUAAGAAUCCUUCAGGAGAAGCACAGAGUUGGAGACAUAGUGUGUGUUAGUGGCAAGGUAAAAUCUAUGAGUUCUGAAGAUCAUUAUGAAAUUAGAGAGUAUAAUAUUGACGUGCUUGAAGAUGAAGAGGACUCCUCUCUCUGCACUGCUGGGAGGCCAUACCCUAUAUACCCUUCUAAAGGUGGCUUAAACCCUACCUUUAUUAGGGAUGUUAUUCAAAGAGCUUUGCAAACCUUGUCUUUCGGCAUGGAUCCUAUUCCAAAAGAUGUCACUCAGGAACUUGGAAUUUUAUGUCUUCGUGACGCAUACAUGGGAAUUCACCAGCCAAAGAAUAUAUAUGAGGCUGAUUCAGCUCGCAAAAGGCUGAUAUUCGAUGAGUUUUUUUACCUGCAGUUGGGACGCUUAUUCCAAAUGCUUGAAGGCCUUGGUACGGAAAUCGAGAAAGUUGGGUUGUUAGACAAGUACAGAAAACCUGAAAUGAGCUCCACAUAUAUUGAGGAAUGGUCCAGUCUUACAAAAAAGUUCUUGAAGACUCUUCCAUAUGACCUCACAACUAGUCAACUAAGUGCUGUUUCUGAGAUCAUAUCAGAUCUAAAAAGACCUGUUCCCAUGAAUAGGCUCUUGCAGGGUGACGUGGGAUGUGGCAAAACCGUUGUAGCUUUUUUGGCUUGCAUGGAAGUAAUUGGCUCUGGAUAUCAGGCAGCUUUCAUGGUUCCAACUGAGUUGCUUGCGAUCCAACAUCAUGAACACUUGCUUAAUUUGCUUGAGAAAUUGGACAUCGAAUCCAGACCUUCUAUUGCUUUGCUUACUGGUGCAACACCUUCAAAACAAUCUCGGGUCAUUCGUGAGGGGCUCCAAGCUGGAGAAAUAUCAAUGGUUAUUGGAACUCACAGUUUGAUAGCCGAGAGGAUUGAGUUUUCUGCCUUACGUAUUGCUGUGGUGGAUGAACAACAUCGAUUUGGUGUGGUUCAAAGAGGGAGGUUUAAUAGUAAGUUGUAUUAUAACUCUGCAAGUUCAAGAACUGCUGCAGCUCAUCUUGAUGAUCCUUCCAGAGGUGAUGCUAAUAUGGCCCCUCAUGUCCUUGCCAUGUCAGCCACUCCUAUCCCCAGGACACUUGCUUUAGCAUUGUAUGGAGAUAUGUCCAUGACACAGAUCACUGACUUGCCUCCUGGAAGAAUUCCUGUUGAAACACAUGUAAUUGAAGGAAAUGAACAAGGCUUUCAAGAAAUGUAUAAGAUGAUGUUUGAUGAGUUAGAAGAUGGAGGGAAGAUUUACCUUGUUUAUCCAGUUAUUGAGCAAUCCGAGCAACUGCCGCAGCUUCGUGCAGCUUCUGCUGAUCUAGAAGACAUAUCUCAACGAUUCAAGGAUUACAACUGUGGUUUGUUACAUGGGAAAAUGAAAAGCGACGAGAAAGAGGAAGCUUUGCGGCGAUUUAGAUCGGGUGAUACAAAUAUACUGCUUUCCACACAGGUGAUUGAGAUUGGUGUGGAUGUCCCAGAUGCAUCAAUGAUGGUUGUGAUGAAUGCUGAGCGAUUUGGGAUGGCUCAGUUACACCAACUUAGAGGACGAGUUGGACGUGGAGCAAGAAAGUCCAGAUGCAUCCUUUUAGCAUCUACUGCCAGUAGCUUGAUCCGUUUGAAGGUGCUGGAGAAUUCAACUGAUGGCUUUCACUUGGCAAAUAUGGACCUUCUCUUGCGUGGACCGGGCGAUUUGCUUGGUAAGAGACAGUCAGGACACCUUCCAGAAUUUCCCAUUGCUAGACUUGAAAUAGACGGGAAUAUUUUGCAAGAUGCACAUCAUGCUGUACUGAAAGUUUUGGGUUCUUCACAUGACCUGGAGCGUUUCCCAGGGCUAAAGGUAGAGCUUAGCAUGCGUCAACCACUAAGCCCCCUUGGAGAUUGAGCUUCAAACAGGAAGAUGCCUAAGGCACAAAAUGACCAAAUUCAUUUGCAAGAUGGAGCUACAGAGAUCUGGCAGGACUUAUCUUCAACACUUCUCAAACUGGGUUUUGUAAAGCUCUCACUCAGUGUACAUAACCUUUUUUUAUGGUUGUCAUGGGAGGCAUGCGUCUGUCAAUGCCACAAGAUAAAAGGUUCACGCUUUCUCGAAUGACGGGAGUAAUUAUUAUGAUCAUUGGAGCCAUCAUUGCACUUGACUCUUGUACAUACUGGGAGGAUCUGAAGUCGUUUAAAACUGAAGAUUUUGUCAUGGAGAAAGCAUUCUCAUGAGACUCGAAAGAUAAGUACUGGAGGAAAGCUUCAAACAUACAAGACGAUCUUUUCAUCAAUCAAUCGAACUACAAGUAAGGAAGGAAAUGUUUUGUAUAGUAAUUGAGUUAGGAUGCACCACCGGAGAUCUAAUGGCUCAUAAUGUCUUCAAGCCCCGACUUGUUUUUGAAUUUUUUGUCCCGACCGAAAGUGUUAUAUAUAGCCGAUUAUGCUGUC